UAAUGUUCUCAAAAACAUUAAGAAACAUUUCUAAAAUUAUCUAUAAUUGUACUUAACAAUCCAAAGAUAUUUGGUCUGAUACAGAAUUGUUAUAUCAUCCCAAAAAUCCAUUAAAUUUCUAAAAUGUAUAAUUGAUAUUUAAUUAUUAUUUAGGGUAGAUGCUCUCUUUAUUAAAGUUAGAUUUUUAAUAGAUUCAGAAAUUAUUAUGUUUUAAUAUCUGCCUUAGGAGGGUUUCUCACGUAUUAUAGUGCUAAAAAACUAUACAAUUAUUAAGAUAGAAGAUUUAUUGGAAUUCUUUUCUAUUUGGGUCUUUUAGGUAUAACUAUUCGUUCAAUGAGAUCUGUAACAAGUCAAUAUCAAAGACUUUUAAUGUAUAUCAUAAUUGAAUAUUGAAUAGAUCAAUUGAUUUAUUACCUUGCGGUAGGAAAGUAUUAAUUUAACAUCCUAGUAUUUAUGGGUUCUGUACAUCUAAAGAAAUUGAUAUUGCAACUAUUUCAAGACCAAAAGAUGUCUACUAAAAAAGCAUAUAAAAAAUGGAACAUGUUUUUCCAGUGAUUAUGGAUACAUAACUUUUGUAUUUACAUCGAGAUCCUGAUUUUAUAGUUAAUAAAGAAAUACUGCCUGCAGUAAUGAAUGCUAAAUAUAUCAAAGUUGAUUGAAGU